GGCCUGAGCCGGGCGAGGGCCGUCGCUGCGGACCCCGGAAGCUGAGUGAAAGUUGGUGAGACGGCUGCGGUUCCCUCGGGGUCCCCGGGCCCUCUCUGGGCGAGGAGGGAGAGAAGGAGGUAGCCUACUUGCCCGCAAAAUGAGUGGAUGCUUCUUCAGAGAACUUGCUCCUUCGAGGCCUUAUAACUUUAACAAAAAAUGAAUUAUAGUUAUUAAUAAACACUACGGCCGAGAGAAGGUUCUUUAACUUGAGAAUUCAAAGCACCGUUACUUUGCAGUGUGAUCAGUGUAUUUGUGGCGCUGACACCUUCAAUGCAAUCACACAAAUUGUGAGUGUGUGGUUUGGUUUCUAUCAAUUUGUAUUAUGCCGUGCAGCUGUUGAUAACCAGAGAAUUCAUACUUCGGUAAAGAAACAUUUCUGAAAUGUUUCUGUUACUUAAAUCUCUCAGUACAAAAUUGGUUACCACCAUUAUUAAUCUGUGAGAUUAAAUCACAUACUGGCGUCGUUCUCAAAUUUUUCUAUGUUAUUGCUUUGCAACGCACAGUUUUUCUUAUUCGUAAGGAUCUAUUCAGCUAGUCCCAAAACAAUUUAACUUUUUUUUUCUUGUUUGCUUUUGUAGAUGGAAAAUGUCCACAUAGGUUAAAAUUUCCACAAAGAAAUAAGCCUGACAGAAAUGGGGACACAUAUGGUUUUCGUGUAGAGGAAUAUACAUAAAGAUAAAUCAAGAUGCUUCUGAGUGAGCAAGAUCAAUUCUUGUCCUACAAUGGCGAAGUCCUUGUAUUUCAGCUGUCAAAACCAAAGCAUGCAGAGGAAGCAGAUGAUAAAACAAUGAAUUUAUGUGUCAGAAGGAUGGCGUUCAACAGAGACACUAAGCUGUUUGUUCAGAAGUCUUCUGGAGUAUUCAGCAUGCAUGCCAGUGACUCAAAAAUUGAAAUGAUUUGUUGUAGCUGCACAACAGAUUCCAGAACAGGGAUUAUUCUUCCUUGCAUUUUGAUGAAGAAGAAAAAACGGAACAAUGUCAAAUACUUUGUAUUGUUGCUUCACAGUUCAAAUCAAUUUGAGCAGUCCUUUUAUUUUAAAUUGGAUUAUGAGCUGAAAGAAGACAUCAGGUUGUUUACUGGCCCAUCCGUGUUGUGGAGACAGGCCAACAAGCUGUUCUACAUCUCUUCCAACACCUGCGUGGUUCAAAGUGCUCCUGUUCAGCUUUCUUCUGUAGUGUGGACAGGUGAAAUUGUAGAUGAAGGCACUGCUGUCUUAGGGAUAAGAACUGCUUGCCUGCCAGAGACUGAAGAUGCAGAUGGGUUUUCUGUUUCAGAUAGAGCCAUCUGGGGUAGUGAGUUCUUUGGAUACGCAAUUGAAACACAAAAAAUGCUGGCUGGCACGUGCUUCAUGCCUCAUGCUUACAGCAGAGUGGUAUCUUCUGUCUACAUCUGCAGGAGUGAGAGAUGGAAAAAACAGCUCCGAAUAUCACUUGUUGCCAUAACCCACAAGAACCAGCUUAUUUGGUUCCAAAAUGGUGUCCCUAAAGGUGUUUGUGAGCUUCCUUAUGCAAAGCCAUGUUCAGUAAAACCAGCUGUAACCAGUAGCAAUGAUUUGCUAUUUGUUGUGUAUUUUGCCUCUGGAAAUAGCUGUGUUGUACAGAGGAGAGACAGCUUACAGGUGGCUUCCAAAUGGCCAAAAGUGAAAUGUAUUCUGGUGGAUGAUUUUAUUGGCUCUGGAAGUGAGCAACUGUUACUGCUUUUUAAGGAUGACUCCAAUACAGGCGUGUUAAGUACAUUCAAAAUAACAGAUCUUGGGGAGGUCAACUAUGCAAGUAGUAUCAAUUAUAAACAUGAUGUUCCUGCUGCAGAAGGAUUGCAAGAGAAUGGUUUGCUUACUGUCCGAGCCCUUGAAACAAGAUUACAGGCUGGUUGGACUUCUGUUCGAGAGCUACAGCAGCAUUUAGGACUCCAAAAGAGGGUUAUUCUUGAGUCUUGCAGAGCAUUAAUAGAUCUUGUUGAAGAAAGAACCCAUGUUCUACCAAAUGCAAAACAGGAAGGCCUCGUGUCUCUCUGGGAUGACGUAGAAAAUCCUCCUCAUUCUCUUAGUAAAGAGACAGCAUUGGUGUCUGAAGUCCCAGAGCACUUUACAGAGGAAUUGUGGCAGCGUGUUGUGGGUGACAGCCUGGUGGUUGGAGUAAAACUAACUGAAUCAUUUUACUUGUCACUGAGUGAAGUCAGUUUAUCUUUAGUGAUGGAUCAAGACUUCUCUUCGAUUUCUCCAAUUAUCAAAUGUCAAAGUAAAAUCAUUAAGCUGAACAAAGCCUUCUCAGCAUUGGCUAUCUCCUCAAGUCAAAUUGAACCUCCUCCAAAAAAGAUGAAAUUGGACUUGCAUAGCAAGAAUUAUCUGAGAAAAGAGUUUCCUAAGAGAUCUUCAAGUAUUCAUCUGGAUGGAGCAAGGACACUCACUGCUGUCACCAGCCUUUCACCACUGUUGGCAUUUCAUCGUGUGUGCUGUGUAGUUCUUCUGCAUGCCAGGAAGCAAAACCAUCAGAAUGAUAGUUUACAGCAGAGCAAAAAGAUUGCUGUAGUCUGUGGGAAAAUUUUGUUAAGUCUGGAAGAUAUUUCAAAUGGCAGAUAUUCAGUAAAGAUGCUAAGGGAUAAUAGUUACUGUACAGGUUCUGUGGAAGAUAUUCUUGCUGUCCUUGCAGUGUCUGUCAGAUUCUCUUUUCAGAUUGUGUCUUCUGACUUCACAUUGACUCCAGUCAGUUCGUGGUUACUGGGAGAAAUGGAGUGCACACCCUUUAAGGAAUGCCAGGGCAACAUAUUCUGUCAUAAAGCAGGAAAUGUCCAUGGUACAAUUUUUAAUUGGACCCUGAAAAAUCCAUUUGAAGGCGUUCUAACAAUAUUUUGCAGAAAUCUGACCAUCUUGUUCCAGUGCCUUCACAGCCUUACUAGAGUUCUCCCUCCAAGCUGCUGUGUAAAACUCCUGAGAUCUGGAAGCAAAGCAGUACUUACUGAACAGUUAGCACUGGCUUUGGAAAAGGAAAUGCUCACCUUGAAGAAUUCUCUUUUCUUAAAAGAAACUAAAGCUGAAAACAGCUUGACAUGGGGGAAUGAGUCUGGCAAGAAAAUCAAUAAUUCUCCUCUGGCUUCUUUACUGGACACUGAGGAAGGAGUCCAGCAAUUCAGAAAGAAGUUUCAGAAUGAGCAGGAAGAGAAUGUGCAAACUAUGAACCAAACAAUGAAUGGUGCCCUUUACCAGAAAACGGCCUUGAACAUAGCAGAAGCUCAGCUCAGUUCAGAUAUGAUUGUGUGGAGACUGAGCAAAUCCUAGAAACUAUUGACUAAAUUUAUUUUGAGAAAAUUUUUAUUAAAGUUAUACUAUUAAAUAAUAUUCAUAUUUUCAUGGGUACUUAUACUGAUUUGUAUUCUAUAGCAUUUCUGUGUUAUUUCUACAGAUAAAUACUGGUAUUUUCAUUAAUGACUAUGGGAAGAAUUUAAUAUUAAAGAUUGAGUCUUUUUUUUUUACAGAUUUUAAAAAUACAUUCUUAAGAUAUUUUCUAAUAAUUCCUAUUCCAAAAUCAUAAUUCUUGGACUAAAAAAAGAACUAUUUUAUAAAACAAAAUUAAUAAGUGUGUAGUCUUUAAAAUAGUUCUAUUGAACUUGAAAGAUAACUAUUUACACAUGUAAAAUGUAAGCCCUUUUUAGAAAUUUUAUGGCAUGUAUAGGGAAGACCUAAGUUAUACAACCAAUUGUAAUUCAUAAUUUGAGUGUGGAGUUUGACAAAUUCAAAGAAGAAGCAGUUUAUCUUCAUGAUAUGUCAAACCUUUUAAAUAACUUCUAGUGAUACCACUUGAGGAAGAAAACUCUGUACCUUUCAGCCCUGUCUUCUGGAGUCCACCCUCAGAUUCAUGGAGUAUUUAUUGGAGGUGGAGAACCAGAUCAGGCCUCUUGACCAAAUUUCAAGCAUAAUAAGGCUGCUUCAGGUUUGAGAGGUCCGUUCCCACACAAUUUAGUGGUAGGGCUGAUCUCACUAGUAAAUAUGGGAGGAAACUGUCCUUCCUUGGAUGUUAACCUUGCUUCAGUGUCAGAAGAUUAGCUUGCUCAAUUCCAGAGUCAGAUGACUGCUGAUGCUAGCUGCUCAGUGGUUUUGGCCUAUCUCAAAAGUAGUUUAAGUAAUAUUGGGCAACUCUUUUGUUACUAUUAUUUGUCCCUUCAUUAUCUUGAAGAUCCUGCUUAUGCUUCCAGGAAGAGAAUGGCCUGUACUACUUGCUGAGAUAGUAAUUUUUUAAUCAAAUUUUUCCCACUAGUUUCAUGAGGGGCAGAAAGGUUAGAAAAUCCCAAGUCACAAUAAUUUGCUUCCUUUGAUCUCUGCUUUAUGUAAGUAAAAUAUUCCUAUUGCUUGUCACCAUUUUUCUGAA